AUGUACAAGAACAUGUGCCGCCGCCUUCAUCUUGCAUAUGGCGCAUCGGGAGGCUACAGCGACUGCAUCGUGUCGUGGGCGGGCUGCGUACAGCAUGCGGAGGGUUUUGGCGUGAGUUUAUCCCUCGGAUGCGCCACCUUCCCGUUCCUAGCUCUACUGUCUUGUGUGUCCAGAGGGGUCAACGUGGUGGAGAAGAUCACAGCCAACUUGCCGGCGGACGAGAUUAUCGAAAAGCUGAAUGCAGCAGUGGAUCGCAACAACCAGAUUUUGACCACAGCGCGCCACAUCCGCCAGCAGCGGACCGAGACGCAGAUUUUGCGUGAACAGCAAGACCUCGAAUACCAGGAGUCGCUGGCAGCAGACCGUCGUCGUGAGCAAGAGGCUCGUGAACAGGCCGAACGGGAAGAGAAGGAGCGAUUGCGGGAGGAAGAAGAGGAGCGACGUGCAGAAGAAGAAGCGCGACGUCAAGACGAGGAGAACGCGCGUCGAGAAGAGCAGUACAAGGCUGAGAUUGAAGCCAAACGCUCUCAUAUCGCUGACGGCCCAAAGUCGCGCACGCCGCCGCCAGGCGCAGACUACAAGACGGCGGUGAUCAAGUUCCACCUGCACAACGGCACUCGUCUCGACCACAUUUUCUACGCGCACGACACGCUCAAGACCGUGCGCGACUUCAUCGACGUCGAGUUCUUCGACCGGAAGAUCACGAUCCGGAACAUUUGCCUCAAAUACCGAUUAAGCCCACGAAUACCGGUCAAAGCUGGACAAUGCAAAAUGUUCAGUUUCCCUACAGUUGCAAAUAUAUGCAAUGCAGUCGUUUACGACUCCAUAUGCAGUCGCAAAACUAGAAAACGGAGAAGGAAUACUAUGCGUGGUGUAGAAGUAACUCAUGUCGACGUCAAGCCUAUGCGGUGUCGCUCCGUCUUGGCGCGGUCGAUGAAGAUCUCCACAAGCCGACGCCGCGUGUCGUCCAACUCGGUGGCGAGAUACUUGGACCCCAAUAGCAGCACCUUUGUCACUCGGCCCCGAAAAACUUACCACGUCAACUUGAUCUACCAUCGCACCAAUCAAACGCUGAAGAAGCAGCUCGAAAAAUACCUGCGCUCGAGAAGGCUGUGCUUCCACUAA